AUGGCGGCCGAAGACUCGAUGCUGGCCAGGGCAGAUGCGCUCCUGGAAGCGCUCUUCUCCGAUUGGAAUAUCUACUCGACUCUGCUCGCAACAGUCCUCGUCUCAUACAUCGGAUAUACACUCUUCUUCACACCGGACCCCGAUGCACACCCGUAUGUACUGGCCCGGCAGGGAGUGGUAGCCCCCGUCAGACAGCGUGGGGAGUCUGCUUCUGUACGGGCCAUGGACGUCCCCCAUGGCUACCCGCUCAAGGCUGGACUUGGUGUUCGUGAUCCGGACACUCCUAGAUGGACUGCCGGCAGACGGGGCGACCUUCGAGAUAUAUGGAAAGCUGUUGUCCGCGGGGAGUUGAAUAGCGAUGGCACACCAUCAGGGAAAAAGGGAUCUAUCUUCACUGUGUUUGGAAACACAGCUCAAGAACGCAGUGUUGAUGAUAUUUCCCGGGAAAUCAAGAUCAUUGGACAGUAUAUCAGUGAUACCAAGGCACAAAGAGUGGCUAUAUGUCUCACUGACUCGGUAGAGAUGCUUGCAACUAUCUUCGCAAGCGCUUUCUACGGUUUUCCAACCGUUAUCAUUCCUCACAACCUUCCUCCUCAAACACUUGCUGGUUAUCUUCAAGAGACAAAGGCCGAUGUUCUCAUUGCCGAAGCUGGUGCUGUGGAAGUUACUACUUUGCUAAAAAUGUGUCCUGCUCUGAGACAUGGAAUAUGGGUUGCUCAGGAGGGCAGCCGACACAUGGACUGGAAUGAAGUCCCUGAAGGGGCUGGUAGCAAGAUCGAAGUGUCAACGUGGCACGAGUUAGUCAAUGAGAAAGAGGGCUCGGUUAGCCCUGAGGUACCCGAAUGGGAUGUUAAAUCCCCAACCCCUUCUCUGACCACUCUAUGUCCAUCUAAGAAGGGCCUAGGUUCAUUCAUCGAGUAUACUUCAGAGGUAAAGUUCUUAUCUCUUGACCAUCUGGGGAACAUGGGAACUAACCCUUAUACACAGAACAUUAUCUCUGGUGUUGCUGCAUUGGGUUCUUCUUUACCCCGCAACGAACAGCUCAAGUCAUCAGACUUGGUCUUGUCAAUUGAUUCGCUUGCACACUCUUAUACCCUUUGUUUCGUUCUAGCCGCCUUGUACUCAAAUGCAUCAAUCGCUUUCAACUCCGUCGCUGGAGAAAUCGUCGACUUUGCUCUUGCGACUACCGGAGUCUCGCCAACAAUUAUCAUCGCCUCAUCGCACACUAUGUCUGAUUACCAUGCUCAAUACAUGGGCCCGCAAUUGAACCCGUUGGUGAAACUUGGCCGCUUCUUCCAGACUCGGGCCUUAGACUCAGGAAGGAUGCCAUCAAGCAACAUUCUCUCUGCUCUAGGCGGAAGUGGGCCUGUCUCGGAACAGACAUUAAAAAAUUUAAGAUUGAUUCUUGUCUCUCAUCGAGCUGAAGGAGAUAGGAACAACCAGCUCACCAGCGAUCAACUUACAGAUUUCAGGAUCAUGACAGGUGCUCGACUCGCAUAUGCGCUUACUACUGGGAAAGUAGCUGGAGCUGUUUGUCAGACAAAUCCAUAUGAUUACAGAGGACAGCGGGGUUUCAGUCACUUUGGCCCUCCCUUGAACAGUGUGGAAGUCAAACUAGUUGAUUACGAUGAAAAGUCAGGCAAUGAGAAAGCCAUAGAGGGAAAGAUCUACAUAUCUGGACCUGCUGUGGUAUCUGGUGAAUGCAAGCUUGAAGCCGACGGCUUAUUCCAGGAGGACAAUACUCUAGUUCUCCUAGCUUGA